UGGAUUCUGUAUGCAAUAAAUAAGCUUAUAUUCAUUUCUUUCGACAUCAUGAGACUUGAUCAAUGAAUUAACUUGGGUCUUUGAAUGACUCGUGUACCAAGGAUAGUUUACGUUCCGGAGGUAAAUCAUUAACCGAUCCAUUUUCCGAGAUUGUGUGCAGAAUGAGACAGUAUACUAGUUUAAGCUCUCAACCUUGAGUGAUGCCGAUAUUCAAUUUCGGGUUCACUACUGCCAAGUUCCAACUGAUGAGUCUUGUGAUUUCUAUCUAUCUAUGGCAACAAUGGUAAAAUUCCAAAGUUUUUGAAUUUGAACCCUUGGAUCAUCGGAUUUGACGCCUAUUAUUAUAAAACUAAUUGAUCAAAAUCAAAAGUAUACACAGAGAGUCCUUUAAGAUUUUCAAUUUCCCAUCCCAUCCUAGUAGUCCUAGCACAGAAAGAACCAGCACGGCACCCUAAAAGUUGAGAACUUUAGAGAGACGACCUUUGUGUUUGGUUCUCUGGAAAAAUAGCCAUGGCCAAGCCAAAAACAUCCUACGAGGAGACCCGAAAGCAGAGAAUGGAAGAAAACAGGAAGAGAAUGGAAGCCCUCAAUCUGCCUCAGCUGGCUCAGGCUUUUCAAACCUCUUCGUCUCCCAAACCUUCUCCGAUGAAGCGCCAGAAGCCUCGUAAAGUGGAGAAGCAGAUUGUUGAGGUGAGGAGAUCGGCUCGCGUCGCAAGCCAGCCUACCCCUGUUUACAGAGAAGUUGAGGUGAAGGUACCAAGAAGCUAUGGGAGGAUUUCUAAGCAUAGGGAUUUGUCCAACCGGGUAUAUGCUAGUGAGUACGCCAGAGCCGAGGCAACGGAGAAAGCUGAGGAAUUGGAGUCGGGCUUGGGAUCCGAUUACCCGACCUUUGUGAAACCAAUGCUCCAAUCCCAUGUCACUGGUGGAUUCUGGCUGGGUCUUCCACUCCCUUUCUGCAGGAAGUACCUCCCCAAACGCGAUGCAGCUGUGAUGCUGGUAGAUGAAGAAGGUGAGGAGUACCCGACUGUAUACUUGGGGAACAAAAAUGGACUUAGCGGUGGAUGGAGAGGAUUUUCGAUUGCCCAUGAGUUGGUGGACGGUGAUGCAUUGGUAUUUCAGUUAAUCAGGCCUACGACAUUCAAGGUGUACAUCAUAAGGGUAGAAAGCUCUUAAAGAGUUCAACAAGCUCUUAACUCAUGAGUUAGGUCAGUUGAGGUAAUUGUAGAGGUUAAAUUUACUUAAUGAUCGCAUCUAUUUUGUAAUUUUCAGUAUGUUCAUUGAUAAUAAAAUCUCAAUCUUUGAUUCUAAUUCUGUCACUACUCAUACUAAUGAUUUUUCCUACUAUUUGUACUGCAAUUUUUACCCACUUACUAACUUAGUCGUGCAUUCAACUCUUCUCUUAUGCAUUCCAAAUUCCAUAUGAGAUGUUGUUACAGACUCUAUUGAUAUUCUGUCAGUCUCUUGGUUUGCUCUGCUGUGAGAGUUAGAUAGGUUUAUGGGGGAUUAUGGCAGUUGAUCACAAUUAGUAAGAAUGAAAAUUCAUAGAAGAGUAGUAAAACUUUUAUGAUAUAUCUAGAAGUUAUAAAGAUGAUUCAGAGUAUGUGCUCAAUGAGGGAUGGUAACUCUUUUAAGGAAGAUCAUUUUUAAAGUAACAUGGGAUAUAUCAAAUUCAACUUUUAUCAUGAUUUGAUGAAGAUCUACUUAU